CAUCUUAAAUACAAAAAAAAAUUACGUAGUGGAACCUUUCUGAAGAAAAAGUUGUUUCCAUCACGGCAAUCGAAGUGGUGAGACAUUUUUUUUUUAUACAUCACCUUUUUCCACUUCCUGGAUCUUGACUCAAGCAUUUGACAAGCGAGGGAGAGGAGAUUCCGUGAAGACCAUGGUACUGAAAGAGAUUCCUGCCGAUAAUUUUACUCGGCCCCUGGGUCGCAACGAAGUUAUAGGCUUACUUUUUCGUCUGACAAUAUUUGGUGCAGUGACUUAUUUUACCAUAAAAUGGAUGGUAGAUGCUAUUGAUCCCACAAGGAAACAGAAAGUUGAAGCGCAGAAACAGGCAGAGAAGCUCAUGAAACAGAUUGGUGUGAAGAAUGUCAAAUUGUCGGAGUAUGAGAUGAGCAUUGCUGCUCAUUUGGUUGACCCUUUAAGUAUGCAGGUCCAGUGGAGUGAUAUUGCUGGCUUGGAUGAUGUAAUCACUGAGUUGAAAGACACCGUCAUACUUCCCAUCCAGAAGCGACACUUGUUUGAGGGAUCCAGGCUGCUCCAGCCUCCAAAAGGUGUGCUGUUGUACGGACCGCCUGGCUGUGGCAAGACGCUGAUCGCCAAGGCCACUGCCAAAGAGGCAGGUUUCCGCUUCAUCAACCUGCAGCCAUCCACCCUCACAGACAAGUGGUACGGAGAGUCCCAGAAGCUCGCCGCCGCGGUCUUCUCUCUGGCCAUAAAGCUGCAGCCCUCCAUCAUCUUCAUCGACGAGAUCGACUCGUUCCUCAGGAGCCGUUCCAGCUCUGACCAUGAGGCCACAGCCAUGAUGAAGGCCCAGUUCAUGAGCCUGUGGGAUGGCCUGGACACUGACUUCAACUGCCAGGUCAUAAUAAUGGGAGCCACAAACCGCCCGCAGGAUCUGGACUCUGCCAUUCUUAGGAGGAUGCCGACCAGGUUUCACAUCAACCAGCCAAAUAUCAAACAGAGGGAAGAAAUCCUGAAGCUCAUAUUGGAAAAUGAAAAUGUGGACACCAUUGUUGACCUGUGUGAGGUGGCGAAGGAAACGGAAGGCUUUUCCGGAAGUGACCUUCGGGAGAUGUGCCGAGAUGCCGCAUUGCUCUGCGUCAGAGACUUCGUCCAUAACAGCCGUGCUGAUAAUAGUCCAGAAGAUGAUUACAUCAGGCCAAUCCAUCAGCACGACCUGCAGAAGGCCAUACAGAAAAUGAGGAAGUCCAAGUCUGCGGGAGGACACAAUGUUCUGGUGCACGCUGCUUUGGACUGAGUCUGCUUUGGGAAAGAGGUCCAGGGAGAGGAUUCACACUAGAUUUCUUUCCUCCCCCUAAAUUAAGUUUACAUUUCAUCAUUAAGAAAGGGAAAAACUGGUGUCAAGGUGUGAAGGUGAAGCACGUUCUGGAUCUGAAGGAGAAAAUGUAGUCGCUCCGUCUGAACUUUUCCAGACACGCCAAGAUCAACAUGGUUCAGGGGUUCCAAGUGUGCAAUUAUUCCUGAUAAACGCUGCUUCUUUCUUUAUUGAAAUCAUCUUCACGUUCUUCCAAAUAUGUAUGAGUGCUGGAUAUCAUUAAAUCUCUGCAGUACAUUUGAAGGGUGCCUGUGAUAGUUGAUAUAAUUGUCUUGCCACAAUACAGAAGAAUAGGGGGAACUCUUACCCAUAUGGAAAGUGUACCCAGAAGUGCUGAAGAGAUUUUGUUGGGGUUGGUAAUGACAAACGGGGGGCUGCUGAACUCACUGACCAGGAUUGUAUAACCGUUAUGAUCGCUGGUGUAAGGUGAUGAGGUGCAUUUGCAGAGUUCAGGUUGAUGGACUGCCAUUGUGGAGAUGGGGAAGGGGAGUUGAUGCAGGUUUGAAGGCCUAUCAUUAAAUUGUACUAUGACAUACGUGGUCUUUUGGUUUAUGACUGUUAAAAUGCAUAGAGCCAUUAUUUAUUGACUUAGUUUAGGUUGGCGGUAUCAUUAACUGGUGUGCUAUUACUGUCUUUGGUAAGAGGAUGAAAAAGAGGGUUGUGUGGGAUGUUCUUGAAUCGUUCCUCAUUAUCUCGGGUCAUAGAAGUGGAGUUUUUACCUCAUUCCCAGAUAUUCACUGACAAGCAGCAGCUGUAAAAAUGCUUCUUGUGCUGAUUUUACAUUGCUUGUAUCGUUUGCUCCAUUGGGUUUGUUCAAGCAGGAUGUAUUGGGUGAAUGUUGCGUAAUUGGCCUUUUCUGCAUAAAAUAAACUUCAAUUUCUCCUUAGGUAAAACGAGGGUGUUAGAAAAUGUAAAUAAAUAUAUUGCGAAGACAAAAUUGCCAAUUCUAUGUUAAGUUGUUUUAAGUUUUCCGUGGACAAUAUUUGGAUGUCAUGUUUAGCAUUUUACAUUUUUGUCUGGAUUAUUGAACUGCUGUUCUAAUAAAACAUCAGUUAAAAUGUA